CGACAACCAGCACCACCCGACAAUCUUCGUGCUCACGACAACCCAUCGACACAAUGGCCGGCAAGGAUACCAAGGGCAAGAAAGCCCCCAAGGGCCUCUCUAAGGCCAACGCUGCCGCCAAGGCUGCUCUCAAGGGCGCCAACUCCCACAAGAAGACCAAGGUCCGAUACAGCACCUCGUUCCACCGCCCCAAGACCCUGGUCGUCUCGCGCACCCCCAAGUACCCCCGCAAGUCGAUCCCCUCGCAGCCCCGUCUCGAUGAGCACAAGAUUGUCAUCCACCCUCUCAACACCGAGAGCGCCAUGAAGAAGAUGGAGGAGAACAACACCCUCGUCUUCAUCGUCGAUGUCAAGGCCAACAAGGCCCAGAUCAAGCUUGCCCUCAAGAAGCUCUACGACAUUGACACCGUCAAGAUCAACACUCUGAUCCGCCCCGACGGUUCCAAGAAGGCCUACGCCCGCCUUACCCCCGAUGUCGACGCUCUCGACAUUGCCGCCAACAAGCUCUCUCUCGUUUAAGAAAAUUAAACGAUGAAUGGGCUUGUGGGUUCCUGGCGUGUCUUUGGGUUGGUUUUUGGUCUGCUGAAAAAUGCGAGGCAAUGGGCAUCGGAAAAUUAAGGCGUACAAAGAGCUUGUCGUUUAGAGUGCAAAUGAUCAUGAAUUCAAGGCCGCCCAGCACGCCGUGCCCGUUGGAAUGAGAAUUGUAACUGUG